CUCACUGGUUGUACAUAAAUGUCUAGGAGACAUUGACAGCACAUUUUCUGUUGUUACCUGUGUUCAUUUUUCCUCUUCACUUUCAAGGUGGAUUUCAGUUCUUAAAGAUUUCCCACUGAAAAUAAAUGUAUAGCAAUGCAUUUUGUCUAUUAGGCAUUUGGAGAAAAUGAAUCACAUUCAUUUUAGGGUUAGUAGUCAUGUUUUUUAUUCUUCUAUAGUUCUAGAAAGUUCCUCUUAGGGUCUAACUCAUAAUACAGAAAAAUGAAUAGAGAUUCUACUAUAGUUUGUCUCUUAGGCUUGGGUUUAACAUUUGUUUGGAGUUUUGGAGAAAGUCAAAUGAAGCAGUACUCCCAAAUGAUUAUUGUGAAUUUAUACCCUCUGGCUCUAUUUUUAUUUCUAACUCUACCCUUUUUGCUUUAAAGCAAAGUAAACUGGGUGGCCUCUUCUUCUCCACUCCUCAAAAUGAUAGCAAUUUCUGCUGUCAGCCGGGCUCUCCUGUUGUCCCUUCUCUGUGAAGCAAGUGCCGUGGUCUUACUCAAUUCUACUGACUCAUCUCCGCCAACCAAUAAUUUCACUGAUAUUGAAGCCGCUCUAACUGCACCACUAGACUCAGCGGAUCUCCCCAAAGCCAGGCGGAAGCGCUACAUUUCGCAGAAUGACAUGAUCGCCAUUCUUGAUUAUCAUAAUCAAAUUCGGGGCAAAGUGUUCCCACCGGCAGCAAACAUGGAAUACAUGGUUUGGGAUGAAAAUCUUGCAAAAUCUGCAGAGGCUUGGGCAGCUACUUGCAUUUGGGACCAUGGACCUUCUUACUUACUGAGAUUUUUGGGCCAAAAUCUGUCUGUACGAACUGGAAGAUAUCGCUCUAUUCUCCAGUUGGUCAAGCCAUGGUACGAUGAAGUAAAAGAUUAUGCUUUUCCGUAUCCCCAGGAUUGCAACCCCAGGUGUCCUAUGAGAUGUUUUGGUCCCAUGUGUACACAUUAUACCCAGAUGGUUUGGGCUACUUCUAACCGGAUAGGAUGUGCAAUUCAUACUUGCCAAAAUAUGAAUGUUUGGGGAUCUGUAUGGCGUCGUGCAGUGUACUUAGUAUGCAACUACGCCCCAAAGGGUAAUUGGAUUGGAGAAGCACCAUACAAAGUAGGGGUGCCAUGUUCAUCUUGUCCUCCAAGUUAUGGGGGAGCCUGUACUGACAAUCUGUGUUUUCCAGGAGUAACAUCAAACUACCUAUACUGGUUUAAAUAAGCUUACUUCUUUCUCCAGAAAAUAUAAUUGUUUCUGGGAACCAUAGGCAUAUAUAUAUAUUGAAUUUUGCACAUAUUAUACAUAUUUUAUGAUAAUUUUGUUGUCCUUUUAGUAUUCAUUUGUAUAGUGUUUUGUCUAGUAUGUUUAAUCCUU